GACCUGGGAGCAUUACUGUUGCCUUGGAAAUGACCGAGCACCGUUCCACAGUUAUAUAACGCAGCCUUUUACACACCUGUUAGAUUUCCCGAAGACAGCGCAGUGUUCGGGUCACUGCAGAAUUUGGUAUUUACUCAGACAGUAGGAUCGGUACAACCAUGCUACGAAUCGUGGCGUUAACGUUAUUGCUCCUCUGCAGUGUGGAGGGGGCGUCAAGGGUGCUCGUUGAAAUGGGCUACGUGGGCGACUCUAUCAAGCUCUCGCUACAGCUCUCAGGGUCCGACGCCCCCACUGCCAGGGAUGUCACUUUCUACUACUUCAUUAAUGGACGGGAAUCAACUGGAAAGGCUGCUCCAGUAGGAGACAGCUGGCGGUAUGAACUCACCCUGGCAGAGAAGAAUGGCCGUUUCUUGAUCUCUGCAUUCGCCAUGUACACCGACGUGGCCGGGCUCCUACACAAGACUGCAGUAGCAAGGGAGGAUGCCACUUUUCACAGCGGGCUGAGCCAGCGAAGGACGGCCCCUGAAAUCCCAUCAAGGCAGAUCCGAGGGGUUGUGAUUUUCCGUGAUGAUUUCAACAGUUUCGACACAAAUAAAUGGAAACACGAAGUGUCCAUGUACGGAGGAUAUAAUGGAGAGUUCCAAGUGUACACGAACGACGGGAAAAAUGUCUUCGCUCAAAAUGGACACCUGUACAUCCAACCUGCAUUUCAGUGGACCCCGGCCCGGCAUGUUUACCUCAGACAAGAUAAGGGAAUGAUUAACUACGACUGCUACACGUCUGCUCUGCACAAAGCAAGCAAAAGAGGCCAGGUCAAUUUCAAGAACCUCACAAACAACAUAUAG